CUACAGUAAACAUCCCGUGUGCGCGUGCGUGUGUACGUGACUAUGCAUCUCGAGUUCUCGUGAGCGCGCCUGCUCGCAUCUCUCCCAGCUGACACGCGUGUUUUCCUCCCCCAAUCCAUGUGGGCUGCGUUUCCGCGCGUGCGUGCGCGCGUCGGUGCUGAUGAGAGCUCGAGCUGCUGCUUCUCCGCUUCUUCAGAACAGGAUCAGUAUCGACCUCCUUCUUCACGCAGCGCCUCCUCCUCUUCCUCCCACCCGGCGCCGCUUCCUCUGCAGGUGGAUGGAGGCUGGAAGCCCCGGAGACUCGCACCACAAUGCACCGGAACCGCUGCCGGUUCGGUUCGGAGCGGCUGGUUGAGGAGCUGCUUUAAUUCAAGAUCGCCCAGCAUCUCCCUUCGCUCCGGGGAACGCAUCCUUAAAUGACCCGCGUCUAAACACUGGGUGUCUCCGGAUCCAGCACCCGGAUCAUGGCAUGCUGCCCAUCCCGGGCACUCAGCAGUGACCAUGGGGCUCCGGUCCAGGACCGUCGCUAGCGGCUCUGAGGAGCAGAAGAAGACCGCUCUUGGGGAUUUGCUGGACCAGGGCAGCGGCGGGGUGGAUAAGGAUGGCGCGCUGCUGCUGGUGGGACCGGGUCGGGAGGACUUUAAGCGCGGCGCUCAGGGUAUCGGGAUCGGGCUGCUGGCCAAGACCCCCCUGAGCUACACCCGGCCGGUGAAGAGGAAUAACAUCCGCAAGAGGAAGGUCCAGAACCUGAUCUACGACGCGCUGGAGAGGCCUAGAGGAUGGGCGCUGCUCUACCACGCCUUCGUGUUUUUAAUCGUUCUGGGAUGUUUGAUUCUGGCAAUACUGACGACAUUCAAGGAAUAUGAGAAGGAUUCUGCACACUGGCUGGUGGUUCUGGAAACCUUCGCCAUCUUCAUCUUCGGAGCGGAGUUUGCACUGCGAAUCUGGGCGGCCGGGUGCUGCUGUCGCUACAAAGGAUGGAGGGGGAGGCUGAAGUUCGCUCGCAAACCGUUGUGUAUUUUAGACAUCUUCGUGCUGAUUGCCUCGGUGCCGGUGGUGGCGGUGCGUAACCAAGGUAAUGUGUUGGCCACGUCACUCCGCAGCCUGCGUUUCCUGCAGAUCCUGAGGAUGCUGCGUAUGGACCGGAGGGGAGGCACCUGGAAGCUGCUUGGGUCUGCCAUCUACGCACACAGUAAGGAACUGAUCACUGCCUGGUACAUCGGCUUCCUGUCUCUGAUCCUGGCGUCCUUCCUGGUUUAUCUGGUGGAGAAAGACGACGUCUCCGUCAACUCACCUGACCACGACAACCCGACGGUGCAGCCGCAGUCGCAGGAUUUCGACACGUACGCCGAUGCGCUGUGGUGGGGUUUGAUCACACUGACCACCAUCGGGUACGGAGACAAAACCCCAAAGACCUGGGCUGGGAGGCUGUUAGCCGGUACCUUCGCUCUGAUCGGAGUGUCCUUCUUUGCUUUGCCUGCAGGGAUUCUGGGUUCUGGUUUGGCUCUGAAGGUCCAGGAGCAACACAGACAGAAGCACUUUGAGAAGCGCAGACAUCCAGCAGCCGGGCUCAUCCAGUCUGCCUGGCGAUAUUAUUCCACCAAUCCAAUCAGGGACGACCUUAUUGCCACAUGGAGGUUUUAUGAAACCAUCAUCUCUCUUCCCUGUUUCAGGAAGGACACCCUGGAGGCCAUGGUGAGUCAGAAAGUCAGUUUGCUGGAGCGCGUUCGUCAGUCCAACGUGAGACCGUCUGUAGGGAUGAGCAGGAAGCCCGUAGGUAACGCCGAGACUACCGAGGAAAGCCCCUCCAAGGACUCCAAACCGGCUGGCUUCAGUAACCGGGAACGCUUCCGCACGGCCUUCCGAAUGAAGGCCUACUCCCUCCGACAAAGCUCCGAAGAUGCUGCAGCAUUAACAGACCCAGCCUUAGAGGAGCGGGGCUUCCCAGCCGAUAUCCUCCUGGAGGAGAUGAUCCCAACGCUGAAACUGGUCAUCAGGGCAGUCAGGAUCUUACAGUUCCUCUUGAACAAGAAGCGGUUUAAGGAAACUCUGAGGCCUUAUGAUGUCAAAGAUGUGAUUGAGCAGUACUCUGCUGGACACCUGGACAUGCUCUGCAGAAUUAAAUACCUCCAGACAAGGAUCGACAUGAUUCUUGCCCCUGGACCUCUCCUCACCCCGAAAAAUAAGAAGACCCAGAAGCCUCCCUUUACGUACCCGUCCAGUCAGUCUCCCAGGCAUGAGUCCUACAUAGCUAAAGCCGCCUCCAUGCCGGAUGCUGAAGACCAAAGCAUGAUGGGUAGAUUUGUCAGGGUGGAGAGACAGGUGGAAGACAUGGAGAAGAAGUUGGACUUUCUGGUAGACAUGCACAUCCAACACACCGAGCACCUGCAGGUGGACUCGGCUGGCGCUGCCCACAUGACCCUGGAGACCUGCGAUUCCUCUGUGAACGGUGAGAUCAGACGGGUUUUCCUCAACUACUCUGAGGUGUUCCCACACUUGUCGUACCAGGGGCCUGUCAGCAAGAUGAAACCAACCUGUGGCAGAGGACGGGGGGGCAGAACGGGGAUGGGGUCGGUCGGAGGACUCCGUCCUCUGGAGGCCAUUACCACCUACACGGAGCGUCCAACGGUGUUGCCCAUCAGCUCCUUGCAGGACUUGUCAGCGGGGCCAUGCAGGACCACAGGGUGUCGGGGGGGUGACUCACCGCUUUCGAUGCUGUCAGUGAACCACGAGGAGCUAGAGCGCUCGCCCAGCGGCUUCAGCAUCUCUGGGGAACAGGAAGGGGGAGGAGGGAUGGAGGCCGGGAUGGCGACUGGGGAGGCCAGUUGGACAAGACCCAGGCCCAGUUACCUGGCUGAGGGGGAGACGGACACAGACACAGACCCCUUCACGCCCAGUGGGGGAACAAUGCCUCUUUCCUCCACUGGGGAGGGCUUUGGAGAUGCUGAGUGGAACACCCCGCCCUGAGAGGUGUCAGCCUUCACGCCUUUGAGACCUUAAAUCCAGACCGUACCUGUAAACCCAAACCUGUAGGUGGAAACCACACCUUUGGGCUGAAGGCGUGUUUUAUCUGCCUCCAUGCUACACGGU